GGAGGCAAACGCUGCCCCAGCUGUUUCCUGUUGAAAAUGUCUGUGUAAUGUAGAUAAAUGUGAGGGAUUUUCUCUCUAAAUCCGUCUCCUGUUCGCUAAAUCUCACUUCUCCAAAACGAGCCUGCGCAAUGGAACAAAGUGGGAAUAUUGAGAUGUGACAUUGCCCCGCAUCUCGUCCUCUUUCUUUGCCCCGAUUUCUUUUUUUUAAUGACUUCAAACAAGUUGCUCAUUUUCGCCGGGCUUCUUUGUCUUUUUGCGGAGAUCCGCGGUGAUGUCUAGCGCUGCUUCCUCUCAGUGGCAUUUAUGUGAUGUCCUCAAGGGUGCGAUGUGCUGUAUCUCCUGUAGCCACACCCUCUCACUACUGCUGUGCAUCCUCACCCUGACUCCGACGGCAACAGGGGCGGGUCCGGAGACCCUGUGCGGGGCGGAGCUGGUCGACACGCUGCAGUUUGUCUGUGGAGAGAGGGGCUUUUAUUUCAAUAAACCAACAGGCUAUGGGCCCAGCGCAAGGCGGUCGCAUGGCAUCGUGGACGAGUGCUGCUUCCAGAGCUGUGAGCUGCGGCGCCUGGAGAUGUACUGCGCACCCGCCAGGACUACCAAGACAUCUCGUUCUCCUCGUGCACAGCGCCACACAGAUGUGCCAAGGACACCCAAGGUCAGCAACCCGGGACAUCGAGCGGACAAGGGCACAGAUCGCAGGACAGCGCAGCAGCCAGACAAGACAAAAAACAAGAAGAGACCUUCAUCUGGACAUAGUCAUCCAUCCUUCAAGGAAGUUCAUCCGAAAAACUCAAGUCGAGGCAGCUCCGGGGGCAGAACUUACCGAAUGUAGGGAAGCAUCGAAUGGACAACACCGCAGGAAGAGAGAAGGGAGUGGCCUUACCCGGUACCCCUGUGGAAUGGUUCACUGUAUAACGAAACGAAACGAAGCUAAAAAUGGCCUAAAAGCUUUAAAACAUUAGAAAAGUUGAGCUAAAAGGUUGGAUGAGGGUACUAGUGGUCAUCUUAAACACUGCACCAUUCCAUAUCGGGAGGAAAUCUUUGUUAACUCAAUCUAACAGACUAGUUUAGCUGCUAAGACACAAUAAGAGCUUGCUAUACCUCCAUGUUUAAACAGCAACAACCACCUUCCUCGGCUCCAGAGAAGGUGGGAACGUCACCAAACAGGAAUAGUUGGACACAUCCUUUUCACUCUUCUGAUUACUUCUUUGUCACAGCCACAUAUAGCAGUUACUAUCCCUGUUCAAAUUCAAUUUUAUCUUUAGCAUUUGUUUUUAUGCACUAUGCAUUACUGUGGAUAUGUUAUCUGAAAGACCAACACCAUGUUGUUUAUUGUCAGACUUUUAAACGUUGCUGUUGUUAAUUUGCUUUCCAAGCCCCACUUAGACCACAAUUUGUAGGUUUUAGUUUUUUUUUUUAAUUCAGCUUUUCAAUCAACCCAAGAUUUCUGACUUCUCAGCUUAUCAUCAUGGUUGUUUAAUAAACAGAAAUGGGUCAGUCAGUGGAUUCAAAGUUCAGCUGGCGCAAAUGAGAGCGCUAAUCAAAUAGUGACAAUCAGCCAUUAUGUUUGUUUUCUGUGUGCUUUUCACAGAUCACCAGUUUUCCCAGAUCUGAUUGCGAAAACUCCAGCUACCUGGAGACAAACAUUUUGUACAAAUCAUGAAUGGUCAGUUUUUUGAAAGUAACUGAGCCAAGAACAAAGAUUAAAGCAAAAAACUGAAAUAUUGGAACUAUAUUGGAAAAUCAACCGUACCGCUAUUUUUAAAAAUAAUCAUUUUUAUUGUUUUUUUUUUAAUAUUAUAAAUCACCACAAAGUUUUUAAGUAGGAGAAUCCUGCAGGUCUGUCAGGAUGUGUCCCUACCUGCUUUGCAUGUCUUCAGACUGUCAGUUACAUCAAUUUUAAAAUUUUGCCAUUAUUAUGAUUUUUUUAUUUUGAACUUUGACUAGACCAUUCCAAUACCUGAAUACACCAUUCCAAAGUAGCUCCUCCUCUACUAGUUUACCUGUAAAUAGGCCUGUCACAAUAACAAAUUUUUCUGUUCGAUAAAUUGCCCACAAAAGUUAUUGUGGGCGAUAAACGAUAAUAUUGUUGCUUUGAGACCAUUUUCAACUAACAUGAGAACUCAUUUUCAAAAAUCAAUAAAGAAAAAAACAGAAAUAACAAAUAAAGUGAGUAAUAAAGUCUCUAUUAACAAAACUGUCCUUCAAAAAAAAAGAGCUAGUUGAGACCAAAGUGAAGAUUUUUGUCAUCCAGUUAUUGGUGAAUAAAGAGUAAAACUAUCAAUUAUUCAGCUGGAAAUGAUUGAGUUUGUUUAAAAUUAUCAUAGGAAUAAUUGAUUAAUUGAUCUAUUGCUUACUCCAACAGGCCUAGCUACAUCCUGAUUGGUUCCCUGAUCCUGCAAAAUAAAAGCAUGUACACAAGAAAAAGAACAAAAAUCCCAAAUUUCAUCUCAUCUGACUCACUUACUUUCUUCUACAUGUUUGCUUCAUUCCUUGUGUGGCUGUCGGCAAACUUAAACAGGACUUCUUUCAGAAAUCAGUUUCUCUGUGCAACUUUUCCAUAAAGCAAAUAUUUGUAAAGAGCACGACUAGCAGUGACCUCUGCAUCUCCUCCAGAGGCAUUUCAAGAACUGAAUACAUGUGCACGCCACAACUUUCAAGUUUUUGUUUGGAAACAUUUAGAAAAAACACCAUUUUUCCCAUUCCUCAAUUCUACUAGUUAAAAUCCCGUAAAGUUUGUGGCUACUACAUGAUAAAAUGUCGAGAUUUAGUAAAGUUCAGUCUAAUUAUCACUCUUUGAUCUCUUAUUUAACAUAGGACAAAAAAUUCCUAAUGCUAGUUUAGGCUUGGACUGUAUAAUUUGAUGCAAUGACAACCAAACAGCACAGUAUCCGUUUCAAAGUCCACUGGGAAGUCAUGCAAAAUAAACUGGUAAACAUUACAAACCAGCGUCUGACGGGGGAGAUGCAGAAUUGGAACAGUACACAAUUACACUUAUAAAUAAUCCAAAUAUGAGUAAGGGUCAAGAUCACCUUCACAAAUUUCACAAACAAGCCAGUUCUGAGAAGACACUGCAUGAUAAUUGACAGGAAACUGUUGUUUUGUUUGUUUUUUGUUUUUGUCUGAGCCUCCCUGAAAACGCCCCAAAGAUGGCUCAUAUCUGGCUCUGUCUCCUCUCUCUGUGUAUAAUCAAACUGUACUCCCAUUAUGUUAACCUAUGCAUUACUAUCACUCAUUGUACAUGAUGGUUUCAUAUAGCAAAACUGUAUUAAAAAUCCUAUCCACUGUAUAAUGGUGCUAUUUUAUAGUUUGGUACUUGCAAAGAGAUGGCUAAGACAGACGAAUGGCAGGGCUUACAUUGGAGGUCUUCCCUUUUGCACAGCCUUGUGGCCACCAUGUUAAUAGUGAUUUUAUUUGUAAGCAGUUUCAGUAGUGGAAGCAAGUAAAUGCAUCUGUGUGAUCUCUGUGAAUGCAUGAAGAGUAAAACGAGAAAAAAGGAAAAAGGAAAAAAAAGGAAAAUGAGUAUACAAUGUUGUGGCCCCAAGAAGGCAAAAUGCUAUUUUUUCUACUAUUCUUAAAUUAUUUUCUCAACAUAAAUCCCUUUUGCCAAAUGUCUUGAGAAAAAUACUGUGAUUCUUCCAGUUGUGUUUAAGCUUGUUAAAGGUCAUGGUGUGCUUUUGUCUGUCCAGUGUGUGUGCGUGUGUGCAUGCCUCCCUGGAAGCCAAAGUAUCAAAUAUUAGGGGAACUCAAAGUGGGAUUAUGCAACUUUUGCUUGACAUUGUCUAUUGUUGGUAGAAAGUAACUGCAUUUUGCUCAUUAUUAUAACGUUGCCUGUAAUACUUUACUUUUUUUAUAUUUUGCAUGAUCAUAUUUAAGGCAAACUUCUUAAAAAAAUAUUUUCAUUACCAAAAUUACUUCAAUUCAGUAUGAUUUCGCUGUCCUGAAAAUCCAUAUUUUGAGAUUAUACAUUUUAUUUUGUAUUAAAAGCCAGUACUUCUACCUGUGAAUGGAUUGGCACCUAAACAUACUCUGACUGCAAGAAAACCUAGAACUGGUUGCUCAGUAACAAAGAUAACUAAUAUUAGCUU